AUGCCGGAAAAUCAAAGGCAUCCGACGGGACAGGAACAAAGUCCAGCUUUGAUCCAAAACUCAGGCCAAGGCAAGUUUGAAGAAAUCAUCAUAUACAAUGAACUAAGGAAACAAUUGAAGCAUGUUUCCCUAGCUCUGUUUAAAGAACUAAUCCGGCGUUUCGCAUGGCGCAAAAUCGACUGGAGAAAGUUGUUUCUUGCCGGUGCAGUUAUGUCAAUAGCUGGGAUAAUACUCCCAACCUUUUUACUUGCUUAUCACCGGAACAGCCGGUCCGAAUCUCCGAAUGGUACCAUGCAUUUUAGCAAGAACUUGACAGAGGCAAGGUUGGAUAAAUCUCAGCUGGUUACAAGUGCUCCCUUUGUUUCACUGAAUUCAUCUAUCGAAGCUAAAGAAAGCGCUAGAGUUCUUCGUAUGAGGCAAAACAGGAGGAAAACGAUUGAUGUACUAAAGGUUGUACAUCCUCCCCCUCGUAGAUCGGUGCCCCGUCACUUACAGAGAUACCUUCAGUCAUUAUCAUCUCAUGAGGCUCUUCUUUAUGCUAAAAGGGAAAUCGAGCAUGCACCAUUAGUCGGGAACGUAGGCAAUGACUCUUAUCUGUACGCUCCGGUAUUUCGAAAUAUUUCGAUUUUCAAAAGGAGCUACGAGUUGAUGGAGAUGAUACUUAAAGUCUAUAUUUACCGUGAUGGAAAGAAGCCCAUUUUUCAUCAACCUCGUUUAAAUGGUAUUUAUGCUUCUGAAGGAUGGUUUAUGAAGUUAAUGGAGGCAAACAGGGAAUUUGUUACAAAAGAACCAGAAAAGGCUCAUUUAUUUUAUCUGCCAUAUAGUUCACGCCAGCUAGAGUUGGCACUUUAUGUCCGGAACUCGCAUAAUCUCAGACCACUUUCAAAGUUCCUAAGGGACUAUGUGAACAUGAUAGCCUCAAAGUAUCCCUUUUGGAACCGUACACAUGGAUCUGAUCAUUUUCUUGUUGCUUGCCAUGAUUGGGGUCCUUUCAUAACCACGGAGCAUGUGGAACUAAAAGAUAACGCCAUAAAAGCUCUAUGCAAUGCUGACCUGAAAGAGAAUUUCGUUGCUGGAAAGGAUGUUUCUUUACCAGAAACUGCCAUAAGAAUUGCCAGUAAACCUCUUAGAAAUAUCGGUGGUGGGAUCCGAGUUUCGCAGCGCCCGAUCCUUGCUUUCUUUGCUGGAAAAAUGCAUGGAAGGGUCCGUCCCAAACUUCUCAAGCAUUGGCUAAACAAAGAUGCAGACAUGAGAAUCUAUGGUCCUUUAUCGCGUCGAGUUUCUAAAAGCAUGAGUUAUGUUCGGCAUAUGAAAUCGAGUAAAUAUUGUAUAUGCCCUAUGGGAUAUGAAGUGAACAGCCCUCGGAUUGUGGAGGCUAUAUAUUACGAGUGCGUGCCAGUGAUUAUUGCAGACAACUUUGUCCUACCUUUAAGUGAAGUCCUAGAGUGGAAUGCAUUUUCUGUGACUGUGGCUGAAAUCGAUAUUCCGAAACUAAAGGAAAUUCUCUUGGCUAUUCCAUUGAAAAGGUACCUGCAAAUGUUAAUGAAUGUGAAGAUGGUGCAGAAGCAUUUUCUAUGGAAUCCAAAUCCAAUGAGAUAUGAUCUGUUCCACAUGAUACUCCAUUCUAUAUGGUAUAACAGGCUGAACCAAAUCCAAAUUCCUCAGUCCUAGCUAGCUUUGAUAAAUGGGAACAUUUUGCAACAAAGAUGGAUAGCUCCAAAGGGCCAAAACUAGUGACUAAGCAGAAGGCAUCAGCUGACACUAUUUGAAGGCUUUUAUUGCCUAAGGAGCUGGUCCCAUCACCCAUGUUCAGAUAUCAGUGUUUGGAGCUGGAUACAGUAAGGCAGAUGCUAUGCCAGAAUGUGUAUUGUUGAUACAGAGUGUAUAUGACAUGAUAUGAAUAUACCAACAUGUUAAAAUUUGUAAAACACAAAUUAUCAAUAACUGUAUAAAUAUAAAUAUCUUCGACUCAAUCAUGACAUAAAUAAAGUUCAAACACCACAUAAAUAUGUGAAUUUCAGUAGCUAAGUACCUCGACCAAUUAUAUUUGACGUUGACCUUUUAAAACCCUUUUGGUCUCAAAAUUCUUGGAGCAAAUCAACUGAAAAUUGAUUCAAGAAAUCUACACACCAAUAAUUGUUGUUUUUUUCUUCGCUUCAAAAGUUAGGCCAAGAAACAUUUGGUUAUAGCCUAGAAAUUUAGACUCAGAACAUCUCUUUAUUUAUUUAUCCAAGGAAACAUGUUAAUUACAAACUUAUUAUACCAUUGCUAAUGGAUC